AGUCGGAAAAAGCAGCUGUCAUGGCGGAGCUGAGUGAAGCGCUACUCUCUGUACUGCCAUCCAUCCGGGUGCCCAAGGCCGGAGAUCGCGUCCAUAAGGAUGAGUGCGCCUUCUCAUUCGACACUCCGGAGUCUGAUGGAGGCUUGUAUAUUUGCAUGAACACGUUCCUGGGCUUUGGAAAGCAAUAUGUGGAGAAACAUUAUGAGAAAACAGGCCAGCGAGUUUAUCUACAUCUUAAGAAGACACGCAAGUUGAAAGAAGAAGAUACCAACUCUAGCUCUGGAGAUCCUCCUAGGAAGAAACCAACGCGUCUAGCUAUUGGUGUGGAAGGUGGGUUUGACAUCCCGGAGGAGAAAUACGAAUAUGAUGAAUAUGUCAAGAUAGUCAUUUUACCAGAGCACUUGGAUAUUCCUCGAGAUGGACUGGAGGGUCUGCCAGAUAUGGUCAAGGACAGGAUUUCCAGUGCAAUUGAAGCGAUUCUGACAGCAGACUCUGCCUCGCGGAAGCAGGAGGUGCAGGCCUGGGAUGGGGAAGUUCGGCGUGUGUCAAGGCAUGCCUUCUCGCUGCAGCAGCUCCAGAAUGCUGUGCGUAUUCCUCCUUGUGGCUGGAAGUGCAGCAAGUGUGACAUGCGCGAGAACCUGUGGCUCAACAUGACCGAUGGCUCCAUCUUGUGUGGGCGACGCUACUUUGACGGCAGCGGGGGCAACAACCACGCAGUGGAACAUUACCGGGAAACGGGCUACCCCUUGGCCGUGAAGCUGGGAACAAUCACUCCUGAUGGAGCUGAUGUCUAUUCAUACGAUGAAGACGACAUGGUUUUGGACCCCAACCUGGCUGAGCACCUGGCUCAUUUUGGGAUUGACAUGCUCAAAAUGCAGAAGACUGACAAGACGAUGACAGAGCUAGAGAUUGACAUGAACCAGCGGAUUGGUGAGUGGGAGCUGAUCCAAGAGUCCGGGGUUCAGCUCAAGCCACUCUAUGGCCCUGGCUACACAGGCAUCCGUAACCUGGGAAACAGCUGCUAUCUCAACUCAGUAGUGCAGGUGUUGUUCAGCAUACCAGAUUUCCAGCGGAAGUAUGUAGACAAGCUAGAGAAAAUAUUCCAAAAUGCUCCUGCUGAUCCGACCCAGGACUUCAACACCCAAGUAGCCAAGCUGGGCCAUGGGUUACUCUCUGGGGAAUAUUCAAAGCCAGCUGCUUCAGAUGGAGAGCAGCAACUGGACCAGAAGGGCAUUCAAGAUGGCAUCGCACCGCGAAUGUUUAAAUCACUUGUUGGCAAAGGUCAUCCAGAAUUCUCUACCAAUCGGCAACAAGACGCUCAGGAAUUCUUCCUGCACUUCAUCAACAUGGUGGAGAGGAACUGCCGUAGCUCCGAGAACCCCAACGAGGUCUUCCGCUUCUUGGUGGAGGAGAAGCUCAAGUGCUUGGCCACGGAGAAGGUGAAAUACACCCAGCGUGUUGAUUACAUCAUGCAGCUGCCGGUGCCCAUGGAGGCGGCACUGAACAAAGAUGAGUUGCUAGAAUAUGAAGAAAGAAAGCGGCAGGCAGAGGAGGAGAAGCAGCCGCUGCCCGAACUGGUCCGUGCCAAGGUGCCUUUCAGCUCCUGCCUAGAGGCCUAUGGGGCCCCAGAGCAAGUAGAUGACUUCUGGAGCACAGCCUUGCAGGCCAAGUCUGUGGCACUUAAGACAACCCGGUUUGCAUCCUUCCCAGAUUAUCUAGUGAUCCAGAUCAAGAAGUUCACUUUUGGCCUGGACUGGGUGCCCAAAAAACUCGAUGUCUCCAUCGAAAUGCCAGAUGAGCUGGACAUCUCUGCACUCCAGGGGACGGGACUGCAGCCGGAGGAGGAGGAGAUGCCCGACAUCGCGCCUCCGCUGGUGACGCCAGAUGAGCCCAAAGGUAGCCUGGGUUUCUAUGGCAACGAGGACGACGACUCCUUCUGCUCCCCUCACUUCUCCUCUCCGACAUCUCCCAUGUUGGACGAGUCUGUGAUUACGCAACUGGUGGAGAUGGGCUUUCCGGCAGACGCCUGCCGCAAAGCUGUGUAUUACACUGGGAACAGUGGGGCUGAGGCGGCGAUGAACUGGGUCAUGUCCCACAUGGACGAUCCAGAUUUUGCAAACCCUCUGGUUCUUCCUGGAUCCAGUGGACCAGGUUCCACCAUCGCUUGUCCAGACCCUCCAUCAGAAGACAGCGUGGCCACCAUCGUCUCCAUGGGCUUUUCCCGGGAUCAGGCCAUGAAAGCGCUAAGAGCUACGAAUAACAGCCUCGAGCGGGCUGUGGACUGGAUCUUCAGCCAUAUUGACGACCUGGACGCAGAAGCUGCCAUGGACAUUUCGGAGGGGCGUUCGGCGGCUGAAUCCAUAUCUGAAUCUGUCCCUGUAGGGCCAAAAGUGCGUGAUGGAUCUGGAAAAUACCAGCUUUUUGCCUUCAUCAGCCACAUGGGCACAUCCACUAUGUGUGGCCAUUAUGUCUGUCAUAUCAAGAAGGAUAGCAGAUGGGUGAUCUACAACGACCAGAAAGUCUGCGCCUCUGAAAAGCCUCCCAAGGAUCUUGGCUACAUCUACUUCUACCGGCGAAUCUCCAGCUAGGACCCUCCUGCCAGAUGUGGAGUAGGAGCCAGGCGAUGGCAGGAGGAGGGGAAAUGGCAGCGAUGAAUGCAACGAAGAGGGCCAACUCUCAACCCCUAUGUGUCUGUGUGCCACUGCUGCAGCCCCAGGAGCAGUAUCCCUCCUCGAGGAAGCUGGAGUUUGCUGCCCCUCUGGACACUGGUGGGCGGGGGUGGGGGUGGGUUUGAACCUCUGUGUAAGAGCAAGAAGUGGGGGGGGGAAUAUCUCACUGAACCCAGGCACCCAGGGCACACCUGUGCACAACAUGUUUCCUCUUGAUGUAACUAUAACACGCUUGGACUGUUUAGAAAGGGGUGGGGACAAGAGGGAGGACUUGGGUUACGUGUGGCUUUCUGUACCAUAUAGGGCGGCUUUCCCCCCCCCUCACCCCCACCCUGGGAAUUGUGCUGGGGAAAACCUGGGCCGUAAAGUUAGCACCAGUUCUUCAUGUGCCCCCCUAUAUGCCAAAACACAAAG